AUUGUUAGCUACUUCCGCUUUCGGUUUGUUGGAAAAAAAAUAUAAAAAUGUGAACAUCAAAAGUUGUUAAAUUAAACUCCACUAAAGCCAUCAGAAUAGCAUUAUACUAGUGAAAUUAUGAUUCCUACAAAAAGUUUCACGAUAAUCAUAAUAUAUUUAUCAUUGUCAUUUGUUUCUGGAGAAUUUAUGACUGCAGGGGUUGUGGCAGUGGGCUCUGCUAUUUCUGCAGGUUUACUGGCAGGGUUCAACGUGAUAAACUGUAUGAUAUAUGAAUGCUGUACUGACAGAUGGUUGAAAGCAAAUUACACAGAUCUGAAAUUAACUUUAGAUGCUAAGUUAUAUGGACAGCAUCUGGUUAUUGAACCUAUAGUGAAGCAUUUGAAAGCACAUGGUAAAGAAAACCCAAGUAAAGCACUUGCUUUGUCUUUUCAUGGGUGGACAGGAACUGGCAAGAAUUAUGUUAGUCGUAUUGUUGCUGAAAAAUUGUUUGUUAAAGGAAUGAAGAGCAAAUAUGUACAUCUUAUCUCAGCCACGAAAGAGUUCCCACACAAAGAGAUGGUGCCAUUUUAUAAGGACAAGUUACGAGACUUCAUAGAAGCACGUGUGAAAGAAUGUCCACGCUCGUUCUUCAUAUUUGAUGAGAUGGACAAAAUGCCAGCAGGAAUUAUUGAUACGCUCAAACCAUACCUGGACUUCUAUGAAAAUCUAGGAGGAGUUGACUAUAGGAAGGCAACUUUCUUCUUUUUGAGUAACACAGCCGGUAAUGAUAUAGCAGAGAGAACCAUUGCAAACUGGAAGAGUAACGUGGACAGAGAAAGUAUCAAACUAAAGGAAAUGGAGGAAGUUAUCAGGCUUCCUGCUCUCAACAACAAAAGUGGGAUGUGGCAUAGUGAACUCAUUCUGAAGAAUUUAAUCACGGCGUAUAUACCAUUUCUACCACUAGAGAGAGGUCAUGUUAAACAGUGUAUUAAAGAUGGACUUGUAUAUAAAGGGUACUACAAAUCAGAAGAAGAAAUUUCUGAUGCUAAAGUACAAGAAAUUGCCGACGAGCUGCAGUAUUAUCCUGAAGGGAUAAAUAUAUUCUCCACCACUGGGUGUAAACGUAUCCACGAGAAAAUAGACUUCAUAAUGGAAGAGCUUUGAGGAAAAUAUUUAGUACCAUGAAAGAAUAAAUAUAUUCUCAACCACGGGUUGUAAAUGUUUUCACGAGAAAAUGGACUUCAUAAUGGAAGAGCUUUGAGGAAAUUAUGUAGUAACCCAAUGGUACUGGUAUAAUCUCAACUACAGGCACAAGAAAACAGAAGUCAUAAUAAAGACCUCUAGGGAACUGAAAGUAUUAUUGUUUUGCUUAGACAAUGGGUGUUUAAUGCAUUGUUGUGAAAAUAAACAUUAUUUUUGAAGAACUCUAACAAACUUCAGUACUAUUUUAAAAGAUUGUUAACUAUUCAACUACAGCAGUAUUAUUAUGGGAAAAAAACUGUAACAAACUUCUUGUGAAUUCCUGAAGAUAUAAAUACAUGUAUAUCUGUAACCAUAGGCUGUAGAUGAAAUUAUGGGAAAAUAGACUUCCAUAUGACAGAGCUGUUAGAAAUACUUGCUUCACAGACACAUAAUAUGGUCAAAUUAUUCUGACCAGGGCCAAAAAAAAAUAUUGUAUCACAUAUUUUGGUGUUGUUAUUUUCUUAAUAAUUCUGAAAAAUUGUAGCCGUCCACAUACUCUGCAUGAUUCAAUUUGACAGAAAAAUGUGUCGUUAGGGUUAAGGAAAGUUGUUUUAGUACAUAGGCUAGCCUAUGUCUCUUUAAAUGAAAUAUUGUGUAUAUUGUAAACUAGGUUGACAUAUGUUGCUCUUUUCCCCUUUAAAGGGACUCCAUCAACGUUUUUUAAAAUGUAGAGGCUGGAACUAAUUUUUUGAGGUAAAUGUUUAAUUUGAUGUAGAUCUAGACCAAUAACUUAUAACUUGUGUGCAAAAUUUUAGAUCAUUCUCUCACUCCGUUUUCCCAGAAUAAUUAGUCUAAUUGGUAAAAUUGACUUAAAAUUGAAAAGUGUGGCUAAGAAUAGCACAGAAAUAUGAUUUUCAAUUUUUUUUUCUAAGUAUAUUUUCUUAUUUCACUUGCAUUAAGUGUUCUGAUCGAUCUACAUGAUCUAUGUAAGAAAUUCAAAUUUUAUGUUUUCAGAUUUUUGACCUCUGUUGAGUUCCUUUAAUUUUCAUAAGUUGGAAAUAUCAGUAAAACUGGAAGUUAGCUUGCAGCAUUUAAUUGAAUAUCUAAUGACAAUAUCAAUUCAGUUUCAAAUAAGAUAAACUUAAAUCUAUAUUUUUGUAAUGUUUUAUAAUUUUUGAAAUUAUUUAAUUGUGACAGAAUAUUUUUUAGAAGUACGGUUUGGUGUGAGUGCAUGUGAGGUCUGGAGUUUGAUCACAAGCCAUAAUAACUGAAAAAAAUAGCUCUAGGGUCUUUCAUUGCUUUCAUAGUGCAUGUAGUGUUUAUGCAGAGUUAAAUUCUAACAUAUUGUUACCUUAGUGCAGUAAUGGGUUAACUCUUAUUAAAUUAUAUAAGGAGUUAACCCUUUACUGCCCUAAGGUGAAGAUAUGCAUUGUAUUUGUUGUCAUUGUGAGACAUUGUGAGUAAUUUAUACACAGGUCAAGAACUAUGGUUAUACCACAUGUAUAUAAAUGUCCUAGUACAACUAAUUGUACUGCACAUUGAGAUAUUGUACUAUUUUGUGUAUGAGCAAUAUCUCCCCUUCUCAGAAUGGAGAUUCUGAUCCAGAACAAAAGUAUCUCAGAAUCCAGCUUUGGCACAUCAGAAUAUUUUGACUAGUAAAUUGAAAUCACUGUAUGUUAGGUCAUGAGAAGUGCAACAAAGCCUUUGAAACCUACCUAAAGUGACUGUUGUUCUUUUACCAAGAUCUCUUGGUGCUUGUUUUUUAUUUCCACCGUAUUGUUUGAAAGUAUUAACCUUUAGGCUGCUGACAACAACCAGUGCAGACCAAGAUCCUCCGGAACAUUCCUCCAUUUAAGAUAUUUAUACAUAGUAAUGAGUAAAUGAUUAAUUGCGACAGAAUGUAAAAAUUUUUAGUUUCCAGAGAUUUACUUUGAAUGUAAGAAAAAGUCCAUUGCUAUUUUAAUUGUUUGUUUUUUUUAACUUUGUCAAUGCAGUCAGACUAUUGGAAAACAUUUUUUUACUGUUUUUUUGUUGGUUUAAUAAUUUAUUGAUAAAAUGAAAGGUAAUUAACUGUAUGUUCAUUAACAUAAUUUAUGCAUUAAUUUUUCAAAUACAUUCUUUUUGCAUGUUUUCAUCUUUUCUUUUCAAUUAUUUUAAUAAAAAAAAAACAUUUUUAGUGAAUAUAUAUUCACCAAAACAAAUUUAAAAUUAAUUAUGAUCUCAAAAAUUAAUUUUAAUUACCUAUUUAAUAUACAGUAUUGUUUUGAUUAUGGACAUUAAUUCAAUUAUAUUGUCUUUUAAGAUUUCUACCAUAGUUUACAGUUAACUCCUUUUCAGCAAAAAAGGCUUAUAAUAAUAAUACUGCUUUAAAAUGAUUUUUCAAAAUAUAUAAUGUACAAAGUAAGCAUUUAUACCAACAAACUCAAAAUUAUAGCCUCAAAACCAACAUAAUGCGUUUGCGACCAUCGUGGAUCCAUGCUGUUCGCUAUCAGUUUGCUCUACUUGUAAUAGAGUUGGUAAGCGAACAGCAUGGAUCCUGAUCAGACUGCGCAGAUGCGCAGGCUGGUCUGGAUCCAUGCUGGUUGCAAACACACUGUGUUGGUUUUCUCGUGACGCGGCUCAAAUUAGCUUCAAAAUUCAUGUCCAAAUUUGCACUUCUCUGUUGCUUAUUUUAGUCAUGCUGACAUGGAGUGAUUUGAGGGAUGUUUGAAGAUGGCCGCCUGUUUCUGUAGUUCACAAGAUAAUUGACAAAAAUUUUAAAUGUUAAUAGAAUGUUCAGAGGUAGCCAAACUUAGAUUUUGAUGGUUAUCGAAUAACUGUACUUAACUUGUGACCUAGAUAACGUGUUUUAUUCUGAUGUUAGUUUCAAUAUUACAAGUAUAAAAGUGCUAUUUGUAUAAAAGUGCUAUUUCACGUAAAAUAUUGUUUUGCAUUAUUUAUUGGUUUAGUUUAAUGCAUGUACAUAAAUAAAAUGUCUCAAAAUA